AUGGCGCGGGGCCCGCGCUUUUCCCCCGCGGCCCGGGGCGCCGGCGAGGGCGCGGCGGGCAUGGCGGGCACGGGGCCGGGCGCGGGGAGCGGCCCGGGGCAGCCGCCGCUCAACGCGCUGCCGGACCACUGUGCGCGGCUGCAGCCGGGCGUGCAGGAGCUGCGGCGCCGGGCGCGGGCGGCGGGCGCCCCGUUCUCCCCGCGGCCCUUCCCCGACGCCUUCCUGCUGCGCUUCCUGCGCGCCCGCGACUUCGACCUGGAGCUGGCCUGGCGGUUACUAAAAAACUAUUUUAAAUGGAGAGCGGAGUGUCCAGAAAUAAGUGCAGAUCUGCGCCCCAGAAGUAUUCUUGGCCUUCUGAAGGCUGGCUACCAUGGCGUCCUGAGAUCCAGGGACCUCUCAGGCAGUCGAGUUCUUAUUUAUCGAAUCGCAUACUGGGACCCAAAAGUUUUUACAGCAUAUGACGUAUUUCGUGUAAGUCUAAUCACAUCGGAGCUUAUUGUUCAGGAAGUGGACACUCAACGGAAUGGAGUCAAGGUUAUAUUUGAUCUGGAAGGCUGGCAGAUUUCUCAUGCCUUACAAAUUGCCCCAUCUGUAGCCAAGAAGAUUGCUGCUGUGCUUACAGAUUCUUUUCCACUGAAAGUUCGUGGAAUACAUUUGAUAAAUGAGCCAGUUAUUUUUCAUGCUGUCUUUUCUAUGAUUAAACCAUUCCUGACCGAAAAAAUUAAAGAACGGAUUCAUAUGCAUGGGAACAAUUACAAGCAAAGUUUACUUCAGCAUUUCCCCAAAAUUCUUCCUCUGGAAUAUGGUGGUGAAGAGUUCUCCAUGGAGGACAUUUGUCAGGAGUGGACGAAUUUUAUCAUGAAGUCGGAAGAAUACCUCAGCAGCAUUUCUGAGACCAGUCAGUGAGAAGUUCUUUCCUAUGAAUGAGUGAUGUCCAGAUUAAAAUUCAUGAGUGAGAUCCACUCUGGUUACAUAAAUGAAAGGACAAUCUUCUAAACUAAUGAAUGCUUAUCUGAUCUUUAACAAUGUAAAAAAAGAAAUCUCUUGCAUAAGCCAUAUGGGCGUUUGGGGAAACGUUUUGCUUUUUAAAUACAUAUUUUUUCUACUUUCAAAGUAAUCAAAUGUUAGUGUACCUUAAAAGCAUAGAAGAGAUGGUGGCUCUUCAAAGUUGGAGAAUUAACUUAAUUACUUCUAAAGGUUGUUUAUAUGUAUAUCUUUAUGUAUCAUUGUAUAUCUUCUCCUGUGUUUCUGUUUUUGUAUGUAUGUUUUUGAUGGUUUAAUUUUAAACAAGUUUUCUGAUUACACUGUCUAGUAAUUAGUUUGUAAAUCAGUCUACUGAAAAGAAAUGCUUACAUUAUCAACGUAGGAUAGAAAAAUGUAUUAACACUCGUGUGUGGGUGUGAGAUUACAUUUUAAUUCAGAUUGAAAUCUGAACAGAGUGUUAGAGUUAUUUCUGUGGGCCAGCAAGAUAAUUCAUCUCAGGGAUUUUUCUAUUUUUAGCACAUUUGCACAAUAAACCUAUUUGAUCAAAGAGCCUAUAUGCCAUAGUACUGUAAAUAACAUUUGAAGGUCAUUAUGAAAUUAGUCAUGUUACUAUAAUUGACUAAAACUUAAGAAAAUAUUUCAGGCACAGUUGAUGGCUUCUCAAUACUGUCUUGCAUUUUUAAAACAAAUCAAGAAUGCAAUUUGGAUUUCCUCUUGUGGUUAUUUGUAUCAUGCUUGUAUAGAGAUUUAGAGAAAGAAUAAUAUUUACUUAUCUUGUACAUGGAGUAUUUUUAGUUGAAUAAUUAAUAGAACUACAUAAAGGACAGGAAGUAUUUACAUUUUCUAAAUCAUUACCAAUUACAUCUGGUAUUUUUCAGAGUAUUCAUAAAAUAGUUUAGGUGUCUUAGUUAGAAUAUUCUAACUGACCUUUGCAAUUUUUUCUCUCAGUCUUUGGGCUUGAACUCAGGGCCUGGGCACUGUCCCUGAGCUUGUUUUGCUGAAUGAAGGCUAACACUCUACCACUUGAGCCACAGCGCCACUUCUG